GGAAGCAUGAUGUCACGCGUCACGCUACCUUUUCAGUCCUCCAACGAGCAAAGAGGUUGAAGAGGGAAAUAGAAAACAAGAAGAUAUAUUUCAGUUCCCGUAGAGCUCCGUCCAAAUACUAACAUAACCAUGAGUGAAGAAAACAUCUUCCUUUUCGUCCCGAAUCUGAUCGGAUAUGCCCGUAUCAUACUGGCUCUGCUAUCCUUCUACUUGAUGCCCUGCUGCCCAGGGCCAGCAGUAUUCUGUUACCUACUGAGUGCGCUAUUAGAUGCCUUUGAUGGACACGCAGCCCGUGCUCUCAAUCAAGGUACAAAGUUUGGUGCCAUGCUGGACAUGUUGACAGACCGCUGUGCUACCAUGUGCUUGCUGGUGAAUCUGGCGUUGUUGUAUCCGUCUUACACUUUCCUCUUCCAGCUCAGCAUGUGUCUGGACGUGGCCAGCCACUGGCUGCAUUUGCACAGUUCCACGAUGAAAGGAGCCACCAGCCAUAAGACCAUUGAUCUUUCUGGCAAUCCCAUCCUAAGGCUGUACUACACAUCCAGGCCUGUGCUGUUUUUCAUGUGCAUGGGGAACGAGCUGUUCUUUGCUCUGCUGUAUAUAAUGCACUACAUUGAGGAACCCCAGGUUUGGCUGCAGUGGCUGCUUGGAGUUUGCGGCGUGGUCUGUCUGAUGAAGUCUGGCAUAAGUGUCCUGCACCUCAUCACAGCCUCCCGCAACAUGGCCGCCAUCGAUGUGGCCGACCGUGAGAGAGAGAGAAGCAAAGCCCAGUGAGGGAGAGAGAGAAAGAGAGAUUGUGUGCAGAAGCAAAGAAACAGGGAGAUGAGAAGCAAAAAAAGAGAGAGAGUGCUUCUAAAUAAUGGGAGUUAGCUGGGAUAUCUUUGAUAGUCAUAAGUAUGAAUAUGUGGACAUCAAUCACGGGACCUUGCAAAGCCUCUGUAAGCAUUUAUAUUUAUUUAAGUAUAAAUAAUCAAUGCAAAUAUACCAGGGCAUUUUAUUUUUAUUCAUAGUCCUGUAGUUGUGCUUUUUAUUACUGUUAAUGGAUGUAGCUGCACUGAGUGUAAAAUGUUUAUGUUUUGUGUGUUAUUCAUUAUAUUUUUUAGGUGUAAUGUUGGUUUGGGGUUUUUCAAUAUGUAGUAAUACAUUAUUAUGUUCUUAAUGAUAAUGCAUAAAUCAUUUUAUUUGGUUUUAGAAUGGCUCUUGUAUGUCAAACCAACAAUAUUUUACACAUACACGCGUACAUAAAACACAGGUACAUUCCACACUUCAGCCGAAAUCCUCCCGAGUAUUAUUGUAUUUGACGGUUGAUUAUUAUUAGUUGUAGUAUUUAACUAAAUUAUUUGUUCAUUUAUGAGAAUGUCAAGCGCUGUUUGAUUAGACUCCUAUUUGUUAUGUUGCAGGUAUAUCAAAACAUAUUUAUCUAUUUGUGUAGUAGUUUAAAGAGUGGUGACAUUAUAAAAAAGUGUCUAUCAUGUGUCUGGCAUCAGUUUCAUUCACAGGCUUCUGAAUGUAUUUUUGGAUUGUGUCAGAGGGGUAGACAUAUAUAUAUAUAUAUCAUAUAAUCAUAUAUAACAUAUAUAAUCAUUUAUAGUACCAGAUGUCAUAAAUAUAUAAAAUGAGAGAUAUAUAACUGUGAAGUAAAAAAUUUUGUACCACUGUAUAUCAGGCUUAUUAAUAAAUAUACCUGACACCAGAUAUAA